AUGGAUCUUUUGAACAGAUCCGAAGGUGUUAAAGGGGCUGUCAUCGGUAUUGAUUUGGGAACUACAAAUUCAUGUGUUGCUGUUAUGGAGGGCAAACAAGCUAAAGUAAUUGAAAAUGCUGAAGGUUCAAGGACAACACCUUCAGUAGUAGCAUUUUCAAAAGAUGGUGAGAGAUUAGUGGGAAUGCCAGCUAAGCGGCAAGCUGUAACAAAUUCGGCCAAUACCUUCUAUGCAACAAAACGACUUAUUGGAAGACGAUUUGAGGAUGCUGAAGUAAAGAAGGAUAUAAAGACAGUAUCUUAUAAAAUUGUACGUGCUUCAAAUGGCGAUGCAUGGGUUGAAGGUAGUGACAAAAAGAUGUAUUCUCCAAGUCAAAUAGGAGCAUUUGUUUUAAUGAAAAUGAGAGAAACUGCUGAAAGUUACCUGAAUACACCUGUGAAAAACGCUGUUGUUACAGUCCCAGCUUAUUUUAAUGAUUCACAACGACAGGCAACAAAAGAUGCUGGUCAGAUUGCAGGGUUGAAUGUUUUACGUGUUAUUAAUGAACCAACUGCUGCUGCAUUAGCGUAUGGAAUGGACAAGACUGAAGACAAAGUAAUUGCUGUCUAUGAUCUUGGUGGUGGUACUUUUGAUAUUUCAAUUUUGGAAAUUCAGAAAGGUGUAUUUGAAGUGAAAUCUACUAAUGGUGAUACAUUCCUGGGCGGUGAAGAUUUUGACAACACAUUGGUGAACUUCCUAGUCAAUGAAUUUAAGAAAGAGCAAGGAGUUGAUAUAGCCAAAGAUCCCAUGGCAAUGCAGCGAUUGAAAGAAGCAGCAGAGAAAGCAAAAAUUGAAUUAUCGUCAUCUGUUCAAACUGAUAUUAAUUUGCCCUACCUGACAAUGGAUUCUUCUGGUCCCAAGCAUAUGAACUUAAAGUUAACCCGUUCUAAAUUUGAGAAUUUGGUUGGUGAUUUGAUUAAAAAGACAGUUGGGCCAUGUCAGAAAGCUUUGCAAGAUGCUGAAGUUGCAAAAUCAGAAAUUGGGGAAGUUCUGCUUGUUGGUGGAAUGACAAGAAUGCCUAAAGUGCAAUCCACUGUUCAAGACAUUUUUGGUCGUCAGCCAAGCAGAGCUGUAAACCCUGAUGAAGCUGUUGCAGUUGGAGCUGCUGUGCAGGGUGGUGUUUUAGCAGGGGAUGUUACAGAUGUGUUGCUUUUGGAUGUCACUCCACUUUCUCUUGGAAUUGAAACUUUGGGAGGAGUAUUUUCAACUGCGGCUGAUGGACAAACCCAAGUUGAAAUUAAAGUUCAUCAGGGAGAGAGAGAAAUGGCAGCUGAUAACAAACUUUUGGGACAAUUUACUUUGGUUGGUAUACCACCUGCACCACGAGGUGUGCCACAGAUUGAAGUUACUUUUGAUAUUGACGCCAAUGGAAUUGUUCAUGUGUCAGCAAGAGAUAAGGGCACUGGCAAAGAACAACAGAUUGUUAUUCAGUCAUCUGGUGGUUUGAGCAAAGAUGAAAUUGAGAACAUGGUCCGUAAAGCUGAAGCAUAUGCAGCUCAGGAUAAAAUUAAGAAGGAGCGUGUUGAAGCAGUAAAUCAGGCUGAAGGCAUUAUUCACGACACAGAAUCAAAAAUGGAAGAAUUUAAGGAUCAGCUUCCAAAGGAGGAGUGUGAUAAGCUGAGAGAAGAAAUUGUGAAGGUGCGUGAUAUAGUAGCCAAGAAGGAUGAAACUGAUCCUGAAGAGAUCCGCAAGAUGGCUGCUGACCGUGAAGGCAGCAGUGGUAGCUCUGGCAGUUCCCAGACUGAAGAACCGGAGAAACAAGAGAAGAAAGAAGAGAAGAACUGAAAAAAGUAGUGUAAAUGUGUAUGAUAGUGUGUGUGCUGAUUUGUUAUCUUGAGUGUGCAUUAAAAGAAAUUAUGCACAUCAAAAAUUUCCGUUACAAAUAAACAGUGAAUGGACAAGUCGAGCACAAAGCCAACAAAAACAUUGUGCGUUUUGAGGGUAGGUCUAGUGAAGGUUACCUGUGAAUGCAAGUUUAGGUUAGGUCAACUACAGUAUGCAAGUAAUUCCUAUUGAACGUAAAAUGUAAUUGCAAUAAAUGGGUUAUCUUGAAAAAUUAUGGAGGAGACUAUUAAUGUAUUUCGAUGUGUAUGUUGAUUUUUAAGAGGUUCAUUUCUAAAAUUGCUUAGUCAAAAACUCAAAACAAAAUUGAGUAAAUUCUUUGAUCAUAAAUAUUGUGAUCUGAAUCCAAAAGCAUGUGUGAAAGAAAUGUGUGUAAUUGCAGUGUGUGUAUGUAUGCAUGUAUGUAACAUUUAGUUGCCUGUUGCCCACAUAGUAUGUUUUCUCGAUUCAUAGAUUCCAGAGCACCUUUGUUGCUAUGUAAUAUUUGCUUCUUUCUCAGCAGGUGCUAUACUUUAUAUUUGUGUUGUAUAUUUUUUCGAAAAAUAAGAAAGAUAUAUUUAGCAAUUUGUUAUAUUCUUUCAUCAUCCUGAUAAAUAAUUUCCUGUCCUCAAGCCCCAUAAUUUUUCAAAUACUUGUGUAAGAUUUAGGAAAUGUUAUUAAUUUUUGUUAACCAACAAAAAAAGUUAUCAAUAAAAUUAGUGUGAAUGUAAAACUUCAUGCAGAAUCUCUAGCUUAUGAUUCAUGUUACAUCCAAUGUACAUUGCCUUGAAAACGUGUUCUACU